CCCAACCCUGCCCGCCCUGGACUGGCAGCUGCCGUCCCACUCGGGCCCGUACGAGCUUCGGAUUGAGGUGCAGCCCAAGUCCCACCACCGAGCCCACUACGAGACGGAGGGCAGCCGGGGGGCUGUGAAGGCAUCAGCUGGAGGACACCCCAUCGUGCAGCUCCACGGCUACUUGGAGAGUGAGCCGCUGAUGCUGCAGCUUUUCAUCGGGACGGCGGACGACCGCCUGCUGCGCCCGCACGCCUUCUACCAGGUGCACCGUAUCACGGGAAAGACCGUGUCCACCACCAGCCACGAGGCCAUCCUCUCCAACACCAAAGUCCUGGAGAUCCCGCUCCUGCCGGAGAACAGCAUGCGAGCCAUCAUUGACUGUGCUGGAAUCCUGAAGCUCAGAAACUCCGACAUUGAACUUCGGAAAGGAGAGACGGACAUCGGGAGGAAGAACACACGGGUACGGCUGGUGUUCCGUGUUCACGUCCCGCAGCCCAGCGGCCGCACGCUGUCCCUGCAGGUGGCCUCCAACCCCAUCGAAUGUUCCCAGCGCUCGGCCCAGGAGCUGCCCCUGGUGGAGAAGCAGAGCACGGACAGCUACCCGGUCAUGGGCGGGAAGAAGAUGGUCCUGUCAGGCCACAACUUCCUGCAGGACUCCAAGGUCAUUUUCGUGGAGAAAGCGCCAGAUGGCCACCACGUCUGGGAGAUGGAAGCGAAAACCGAUCGUGAGCUGUGCAAGCCGAAUUCUCUGGUGGUUGAGAUCCCGCCGUUUCGGAAUCAGAGGAUAACCAGCCCUGUUCACGUGAGUUUCUAUGUCUGCAACGGGAAGAGAAAGCGAAGCCAGUACCAGCGUUUCACCUACCUUCCCGCCAACGUUCCAAUGAUAAAAACAGAACCCACGGAUGAUUAUGAGCCUGCUCCAAAUUGUGGGCCGGUGAGCCAGGGAUUAAGUCCUCUCCCAAGACCAUACUACAGCCAGCAGCUCGCGAUGCCACCUGACCCCAGCUCCUGCCUCGUGGCCGGCUUCCCGCCCUGUCCGCAGAGAAGCACCCUGAUGCCAGCAGCCGCUGGUGCGAGCCCCAAGCUCCACGACCUUUCUCCUGCUGCCUACACCAAGGGCGUCGCCAGCCCGGGCCACUGCCACCUCGGACUCCCGCAGCCGGCCGGAGAGGCCCCCGCCGUCCAGGACGUGCCCAGGCCAGUGGCCACGCACCCCGGCUCGCCCGGGCAGCCGCCCCCGGCCCUGCUGCCGCAGCAGGUGAGUGUGCAUCCAAGCAGUAGCUGCCCCCCUGGUCUCGAACACUCACUCUGCCCCAGCAGCCCCUCUCCUCCACUCCCGCCCGCCGCCCAAGAGCUGACCUGCCUGCAGCCCUGCAGCCCAGCGUGCCCGCCCGCCACGGGCCGCCCGCAGCACCCGCCGCCCACGGUCCGCAGGGAUGAGUCUCCGGCCGCCCGGCCACGGCUGCUGCCAGAGGCGUGUGAGGACAGUAGUCCUAAUUUGGCCCCUAUUCCUGUAACGGUCAAGCAAGAGCCUGAAGAGUUGGACCAGUUGUACCUGGAUGACGUAAAUGAAAUAAUACGAAAUGACCUCUCCAGCACGAGCACCCACUCCUAGUUGCCACAUUGGAGCACUCAGUUCAGCGGGGGUAUGCUGACUUCAGCAGACAGAGACUUUGGAACAAAUAAACUGAACACACACCUGGUACCACUUCAGAACCUCCAGUUGGCUGAAUGCUAGGAGCUGAACAUUAAUACGUGCAACGAAGUGGCUCUCCACCAAGAGGGAAAGCCCGGAGGAAGGAGACCACUGUGUCUCCUGGAGGAGAAGGCAUCUCACGGCAACAGAAGGGAGGUGGCUGGGCUGAGCACAGGAGACCCACCGCGCAGGGGCCUUUCAUGGGAACGGCCCACACGCAGGCUGACCCCAAGCCCAGCCCUUCUGGCAGCCCUGGGGUUCAAUACUGGACGUGCCUUAUUUAACUCAACAGGGCAUCGUAGAACUGAGCAUUGGAUUUGCUACUGUAGGAGUAUUUGUAGGAGCAGAAACUGUAAACACACUUCAUUGUGAGGUUUUACCCUUUGUAUGAACGAAGAGAACACUGGCAGGCCGCGAGAGGACCCUGACACGCGUCUCCUACGUUUGGAACGUUUUCUGGGCUGUCACGUACAACCUUGCUGCCUCACCCAGUGCGUUUUAGAAUCUUCCAGUCUGUCAUCUCAGCUCUUCUGUAACACGCUUCCCUCGUCUGUGCAGUCGAAACCGUAGGCCUGUUCAUAGUCGCAUGCUAGCAUCUUUGUUUUUAAUCUGGCUUCGAACAUGGCACAAGUAAGUUGAAUAGCACAUCAAUAGGUUACUGAACAAAAGCAGAAAAACUUGUUACAGGACAGACUGCAUUUGCAUGUGUGUACAUAUCUAGGCAUCUAUUUAUGGAUAAAUAAUAAAUAACAGAGCCGACGCGUCCUCGCCCGGGAGGGCUUCCCUGUCAGCAAUAACCGGCAUCCGUUUUGGAACCUGCAUCUGGGGCUCCAGGCGCUGCUCUUGCUGGCGUCCAUCGCCGCCUCGGAUGGCCGUGCGUUUUCUCGUCUCGUGCAGUUCGAGGAGGACCCCAGAAAGCCAGGAGCUGUGAUUCACAGUAGCUGUAGGUUACCAGACGGCAGCAUAAGAAGGGAUUGUAAAUAACAUGCAACAUGAGUGUAACAUAUUUGUUCAGUUAUAAGAUGAUUGUUUCACAGAAGCCUUACCACUCUCUGCUUCAUCUAAGAAAACCAAUACCAAAAACGACGCUUUAAUGAAUGCUCAGCCCCGCGUAGUGUUUUCAGAUGAGUUACGGUUAACAGAUUGGUUCAUGUAGGCUUUGCUGUGGCACUUUGUACAAUUAACUGCUUAUUAUGUAUGAUUACUCGCAGUGAUCUAUUGUUCCAUAUAACCCAAAAGCAUGGUUUAUUCAUUAAAACACGGUUGACCUGAACUCGUGCCUUAGGAAUUAAUGCCCCCUCAUGGAACCUGCUUGAACUGCACCUGCGGGUGGAGGCUCCGGCUGUGAACGUCACUGAUGGAGAAAGGGCUCCUGCAGAAGGAACGGCCUGUAACGUGCACUCCGCACGAUCGCGUCUCUUGUGUCUCCCUCACAGAAAGAACCUGAAGGCCAUCCCGUCAGUCUGCACACAACCGUGAAGACGUGUGGCCACGUCCUGCCUGCAGCUGGGUACCCUGCACCCGGCAUCCUAGGAGUCACAUGCAGCCUUUCUCAGGGGACUGUCAUCGAAAAGGAAACGUUUGAUGUCUGUGUCAGCUGUAGUUAGGAAAUAGAUCCAAUAAAGCCGUAUUUUUUUUGCUGGA